AUGACUGAAAGACCCGAAACUCCUUUGCGCCGCACCCUGAAUGCUGGCUCAUCUCCAGCAGAUGUAAGCCACUCGAGAACGCCCAGUCGUGGCUCGAGACUAGGCGGUUCAGAGCUUAGGACUAAAGCUCUGACACCUCAUGGGAGGGCGGCUUUACGAGAAGUUGAGGCCCGAAGAGCAGGUUUAACUCCAGGAAAGGACAGGAGGCGAAGCGGCAGACAGCAAAGAGAGACACCCCGUGAUAUAUUGAGGUUAUUGAACGACGAGAAUGACGAUGAUGAUAAUGAGGAUGAUGAAAGCCUUUUACUUCCGAGCCUGGCGGCCCUCGAAGACGAAAAUCUGACGACGCGAUCCAUCGAGCUUCCGAGGAGAGCUGUCAAUGAAAAGCCAACCAGGCUAUUUUCAAGGAAUAGUUUUGGGAGUACUCGUGGAAGCUACAGUUUUGGAAACUUGAAUGAGGCGGAGCUUGGAAGAGAUGCCAUGGAAUCGAGCUUCCUUGGUGGGAAUGAUUACGAGAAUGAUGAUUUUCCUGAGAUGGCAAACUCCCCAUUCUUUGGAAGUGACCGCGCAGUAGUACAAGGGGAUUCCGAAACUAGAUUGCAUCGCCGCUCUCUUCUACCAGGCCGGAGUAGUGACAUCAGACCGUACAAUUCGCCAUUCGAGGAGAGAGACGCAACUUUUGUGUUCACAGUUCCGCAGCCAGAAAUGCCAAUGCAACCUGAGCCUUCUCCAUCACUUGAGACCACCCAAAUUGGAGGUUUUGUUAUGGACGAACCUUCAUCGCCCGCUUACAAUACCAAAGGAGAUGAUUUUACAAUGGAUGAUGAAGCCAUGAAUGGCGAGCAUGACUCUCGAAGGUUGUCGAUUGAAACAUUCGAAAAUUAUCGUCUCAGUCUUGACGAAACCUCCAAGGCAGCACCGGUUGAGGAGGCCACACUUGAAACUUGGCAUAGGUCGUUCCAGAAAAAGAAAAAGAUCUCAAAGCAUGGGUUGAAAUACUCGUCAUUACCCUUAGGUGUGGUAAAGAAAAAUGCCAUUAGUUUAGGGCGGAAUGGAGGUGGCAAAGGGGACAAGCUCAGUCGGGAUGCUCUAGAUGCAAUUAUGCAGGCAACCGAAUGGUUCUUCGAACAAAUUAGUGAUGAUCUGAGCACAUACUCUGAACAUGCAGGGCGAAAAACAAUCGAUGAGAGUGAUGUUUUGAUGCUCAUGAAAAGGUAUCUAUCUGAAUAUAAUUAG